AUGGCUUCUGACACCGAGGGCGAGUCUUCAGAAGAGGAUGUGCGAGAUUUAGGGUCUUACAGUUGUGAAGACCUGUGGCGUGAUCUACCUGAAGUGUUGAGAGCAUCUGUGUCGCCGAAUGCCCAACUUCCUGGACCCGACGUGCUGGGAAAUUUCUUCGAAGAUUUGUGUGAUGUGGAUUCUUUUAUCGAGGCGACUUGUACGGGUGUGGAGCCGGCUAGCAAGGUCCACUUGCGUCGUGUGCUUUGGACUCUGCAGUUGAGAGCCGCUGACCAGUUACAAAGGAUCCAGAAGCGUAGAGCACUAAUUCCUGCUGCGACAAAGUUCUUGUUGUCUCGCGCUGCCACGAAGAGGCAAAAGCUGCAAUUGGCUGGAGUCCCGCCGAAGCCUACAUCUUUCACUACAGCGUGGUUGCGCUCCAAAUCCGGGGCCAUCAAGCGUGGCCGGGUGCGGCGCACGCGCCGUGCCAAGCUUCUGGCGAAGGCUGAGAGCGAGUUGUCCAGAGUGGAGAUCGAGCGUCAGGAGCUGGAGCGAUGGAGACAGGAGCUGGCGUCCCUGGUUUCCGAAGCAAAGCUGCCUGUGGUGGGUCAUUCCAGUUCGGCUCGCGAUCCCGAGCUUGCUCUGUCCUUGGGCUUGGGUUCUGCACGUGCGUCAACCAUCCGGAAGCGAGUCCGUGAGUGGAAGAAAUUCCGCUCGUUUUGUCUGGCUACAACAGAUGAGGUCUGGCCACGGGACAAGUAUGCCGACGUCCCGUGGCCAGACCUCAUCUGUUGUAGCCAGAUUCUAGAUUAUUUGCAUGAACGCCGCCUGGAGCCCUGUGGACACAGCGUGCCGAAUGCAAUUUUGGGCUGCUUUGCAUUCAUGGAGAAGGCUGGGGGAGUUGCCCCGGCCGACAAGCUGUCAGAGCUAGCCAUCUUGCGCAACACGGUCAAUGUUAUUACGACGGAGUUACAGGCCCACGCACCACCCACCCGCAAGGCUCCUAUGAUGCCAGUGUCUAUCAUCGGCGCGACUGAGCUUGCAAUAGCCGAUGCAUCGUUGCCCCUGUACAUGCGCGCUUUUGCUUUUUAUAAGCUCCUGCGUCUAUGGUCAGCAAGUCGGGCUAGCGACCUGGAAGGGUUGGACCCAUCCUCUUUGAAGAUGUCGACGCAUGGGUUAUCUGGAGUUCUUGAUCGCACAAAAACUAGCGGACCUGGCAAGCGUAUCCGGUUUCUUCCAAUUUUUGUCAGCUGCAAGGUCUUCUUCAUGAAUCCGGACUGGCUGCAACAAGGUUGGUCCAUUUGGUGUUCCACCGAAUUUCAGUUUGAGAGGGAUUACUUUCUGCCGUUACCGAACACUGACGGUUCAGCGGCUAUUCACUCAAUGGCUACUUACGCAAGGACUUUGGCUCUGUCGAAGCAAUUCUUGAAGUUGUUGCGUAAACCAGCUUGGGGCGGUCACACCUGGCAGCUUUCUGCGUCCCCUUUGAUUGAAGCAGAGGCCGCUCUGUGUUUUUGGACUGAGCAUACAGAGCGCAACUGGCUGGUCUCCGUAUUAGCCAGCCUAGGUGUGCCGCGCGAUAAGCGUGACUAUGUAGGUCGCUGGCACAUAGUGACUGCGUCAGAUGAGUAUGUUCGAACUGCGCGUCAUGUGGUGCUGUCCUUGCAAGAAGAGGCUUUGCGCGGUGUCUGUCUGGACGAACGCUGGGACUUACUGAAUGGGGGUCUGGAAGAUCUGCCUUCUUUCUUGCAAGAGCGUGGUUGCGGCGAAAGGCUUGUCCAGAUACAGUCACAGGCUCUUCAACUGCGGUCAUGCUUACGUGUUUGCCUGGGACCCCAGCAUGUGCGGCCCAACAGUGCGUCUGCUGCAGAAGCGCCUGAGAUGGUGGCCGUGGAUGCCAGGGCGCCUAUGCCGGCAGUUCUGCAGGCCCGAGCGGAGGAGCUACCGCCUUUCUACAUUGCCAUCGUUGGCAAAGGCCGCUUACGACGGCUGCAUCGAAAAGGAGGAUGCGGAACAGCCACCAGAGAUCUGCGGGAAAUGCUACCGGUGUUUGAGCUUCAGGAUGCUGUGUACGACUCCGCGUGUAAGCACUGCUGGCGGAACGGGGAGAAUCCGGGUGAGGAUGCUGGAGAUGGAGCUGCUUCCAGUGACAGCCAUGGUAGUGACAGCAGUUCUUGCGGCAGCAGUAGUAGUGAGGCCUGA